AAGAGUAGAGAGCACCAAGAUGAGACGGGUGGAGUACGAAGGAAGAAGAGCUCGACCUCUGCACAGCCCGUUUCCGAGACAGAAGGAGUCAGGACGGCAGCCAUAAGAAACAGGACAGACAUUUCUCCCACUCGUGGCGUUUUCCGCGGAGAGAUGGCUGAAGUUACGGUGAACAGACUCUGUCAGCUGGGGGUCUUCACGUACCUGCUGCUGUUUUCCUACGUUUCCCUGACUACUUCAGUGAGCCUAGAUCUAACAGAACUCAGAAAUAAAGUUGCCAAGAUCAAAGUGAACCCACGGGGGAAUUUGUGGGCAACAGGGCACUUCAUGGGUAAAAAGAGCGUCCUGGACAGUCCGCUGCUGGAGCCGCCAGAUGUGCCCGCUGUGGGCUCGAUCCGAGUGGCGCUGAACCCGGGGGGCGCCCAGGACAUGAGGGAGCUGAUCACUCAGGAGGUGCUGAAAAUCGCGCUGCAGACUCAGCUGCAAGACUCGCGGGGGAAAACGGAUUCUAAUGACCAGGAGACUGGUUUAUUAAUGAAGAUAUUAGAAAACUACAUUCAGAACAACAGAAAAUGAUGAAGACUCCACCUCCAGUCCCGAUGGUUAUAAAUAUGGGCCCGUGUGCAGCAAAUAUUUGUACAUGGGUUUAAGGACUGACAGCAGAUAUCUCCAAAGGUUUUCAUUUACAAGUGGGUAACAGGUUCGCCAAAUGCUUUAUUUGUAAUUUAUUGUAACAGUUCUAUUUUUAUUUAUGAUUAUUGUAAUAUUGUUAAGAUUUAUCAUCUAUGUAUUAAAAAAGGGGAUGCAAGUUA